UUGGUCGUGUAAAUUGGACCUUACAAUGCCUGAGCCAGCUAAGUCUGCUCCGGCCCCCAAGAAGGGCUCCAAGAAGGCGGUGACCAAGGCGCAGAAGAAGGAUGGCAAGAAGCGCAAGCGCAGCCGCAAGGAGAGCUACUCCGUCUACGUCUACAAGGUGCUGAAGCAGGUCCACCCGGACACUGGCAUUUCUUCCAAGGCCAUGGGCAUCAUGAACUCCUUCGUCAACGACAUCUUCGAGCGCAUCGCUGGUGAGGCGUCUCGCUUGGCGCAUUACAACAAGCGCUCGACCAUCACAUCCAGGGAGAUCCAGACGGCUGUGCGCCUGCUGCUGCCCGGGGAGCUGGCCAAGCACGCUGUGUCCGAGGGCACCAAGGCCGUCACCAAGUACACUAGCUCCAAGUAAACUUGCCAUCUGCAUAAUAAGAAUGCUAAAACAAAGGCUCUUUUAAGAGCCACCCACGUUUUCAUUUAAAAAGUCUGUAACUCUGAAGAGUUUCGUAAAUAGGACAACGCACGUAAUGAGAAUUACUAAAAUGUCAAGACACAACGGUUCUCCCUCUUUAGUGUGUAAGGAUCGCCAAGGAAUAAAUUUGUACGCUGUUGUACUCUGGUAGCCACCAAGGAAGUUAGGGUUCUGGUUUGAUCUCAGAAAAUCACUUUUCCCCACCCUUUUCAGAUGUUUUGUUUUCCUAGCUUCAGCUUCUUUUUGUCAUCCAUCGGUUUUGAUAGGGAGUAACGAGUGUUUUAUAGCAUUUUACAAGGUGUUUUUUUUUUGAAUGGUCCUAAAUGGACUGAUGAUUAGAUGAGAAUAGUAGGGGAAAUGAAACUGCUUCAUUUUGUAAUUUGCUGUCACCUUGAGAAUGGCUACAGCUGCGUCAUUUUUCUAGGUUGCAUUCCUAAACCACAGCAGAUCAAACCAUUCUUUGCUACCUCCGUCGUUCAACAUUCACUAAUGUAUCCACAAAUCUCUUCACUGAAUGUACUGUUCCUGGAUUAUUUCACGUAGCUAAAACACUACCUUCAGGGAAGGUCAGGAACUCUCAUCACCCACUGAGUUUUCUACUGGGCUGAACAUACUGGGACCUAAGAGACUUACCAGGCAACAAGAUAACAUGAGCGGGCAGGGAGGAAGUGAAAGUCUCCACUGCUAUAUAAUUUAACAACUGAUUCGGGGGGGAGGUGGGGGAGAUGGGUAGAAAUGGGGAUCUGUCUCCAUCUGUCAGCCUCCUCACUCUUAGGCUCCAAGGAUUCUCAGAGUUCUCCCAAAACCUUCUACUCCUUGUUCUACAUAUCUAUCUGCAAAAGCCUGCAUAGCAGAUAACUGUGAACAUUAAAUGAGUGAUCCAAAAUUGCAAUAGUGCUCUGUAGAUAAAAUUCCCUAAGCACCACCUAUAAUUAAGGUAUUUACUUCCUGUUCUCCAAAAGUUAAUUGUAAAUACUUUUUAAAAACUAUGUAUUCGUGAAAAAGAAAUAUAUAAGCAUAAUUUAAGGGAGAAAUCCCCUAGGACAUGAUACAGAUCUGAUGGCCUAUUUGAAUAUUGAGUUAAGACAUUAAUGCCUCUGUGAGCAUUUCCUCACCUCUAAAAGGGGAAUAAUAACUAGUAAUUACUGCACGGCAUUGCUGGGAUGUUCAAUAAAGGAAUGCAGGUAAAGGUCUUAAUGCCUACACGGAGGAAGUCCCCAAACCAAUUGCAGUCCGGUCACUUCCAACUCAUAGAGGCCCUAUAAGACUGAGUAGAAAUGCCCCACAGGGUUUACAAGGAGCAGAUGGUGGGCUCAAACUACUGAUCUUUUGGUUAGCAGCUGAGCUCUUAACCACUGAGCCACCAGGGUGCCAAAGGUGUUAGGUUUGACUAAAACCUCUGGCUGAAGCCAGAGGAAGGGAACCCUUGGUCCUGCCCACAUUGGUACCCCAAGGUCCUGUAGCCUUGAACAAGGCAGUAGACUUUAAAGUCCUAGAAACACAUAAAAGGGUUGCUUAAUAAAUUUUUACUCUCUUUUCUUCCCCAUCUCUCCUGCUUCCUUUGCACAACCUCGCUUUAAAGCCUACUGGAAAUUACUCGCUUUAAAGCCUACUGGAAAUUAACACCAAUGAAGUUUCCUUGUCUUGGUAGUGCGAAAAAGAUUUUUUUAAUAGUUCAAGGCCCUCUUUAUAACAAUCUCUUCCCUCCGAACUGUUAUCAGAACAUCCUAGUACCUGUGGCUGUGAGACUUCCCUGCCUUUGUGUGCCAAUUCAAGCAACAUAUGCCAUCUUCUCCAGGGACUCGCCCACGCUUUCACUAGAACUGUUGCUGCUGCUGUAGAGUCAUCUCCAACUCAUGGAAACCCCAUGUGGCCUCUGGGUGGACUUGAACCUCCAACCUCUCGGCGAUCAAGCACUUUACCCCUUUGCACCACCAAGGGACUCAGAACUACGGGUAUGCCUCAUUUAACGGUCAGAUGGGUUGGGUUGUAAGGAAGGGGGCCUGGAAACACAUGUAGGAGUUGCUUAGUAAAUUUUGAUUGUCUUUUCCUCUCCAUCGCUCCUGCUCCCUUUGCAUAACCUCGCUGCAUUUAUUUUCCUUUAUUUACUAGGCUUCCCUCAUAUAACUCCAAACUAGAAACAUUUUUUGCAUAGGCUCCUCCUGCAACUUGGUAAGUACGCUCUUUAAUUGGAACAUAAGAAAUUGGCUGCCUGAUAAGGGGCAAGCUGGUCUGAAUCCAUUCCACCUGAGACACUAAUCAUUUUAAAGGAAACUCAAUGGUGUAAAUUCCUGUUGUAAAAGCCUGAUAUACUUUAGAACACCAGCCCUUCCCUCAAAAUAGAGAUAGCAUCAUCUUUAGGUUCUGAUUCAAGUAGCUGCUACCUCCCGGUUUGUCUUUCCUAUAGUAAAUAAUUUCUGAAAAGGACCAAAGAGCCACCCUCUCCUAUCUACCCUCAGUAUUACAUAUAUAUUAUAGGUGUGGGUGGGAAAUCCUGGUAGUGUAGUGGCUAAGUGCUACAGCUGCUAACCAAAAGGUUGGCAGUUUGAAUCCACCAGGCGCUUCUUGGAAACUCUAUGGGGCAGUUCUAUUCCGUGCUAUAGGGUCGUUAUGAGUUGGAAUUGACUCGAUGGCAACAAGUUUGGUUUUUGGUUUGGUUAGGUGUAGGUGUGUAUCUGUGUUCAGUGUGUCGGUGUGUCUGGGGUAGAGAAGCAGGCAUGAAAUUGUAAAGACCUAGAGAAAAAUAAUCACAGGAUGAAAAUACUUAAGAAGUAUGGUAUUUAGAUAUACUUCAUCAACUGAGCACCCCACAGGCAUCUCAAACUGAGCAGGAACAAAACUGGCCUCAUUGUGCUCCUCUUAGCUCCACUUAUUACUCAUCCAAGUCUGAAAUCUAGUCAACAUCUCAGAAAAUUGCCCUUCUCUUUCUACAAAUAUUUAAUAAUAUACAAAGUCCUAUUGACUCUACCUUCUAUUUUUUUUUUAAUAUCGCCCAUAUCUCUAGUUAUUUUAGCAAAAACCUGGAAAUACCAUAACUGUUUAAGAGUAGAAGUUUAGCUAGAAAUAGUUUUCAUCCAUAAUGAAAUACUACGCAGCCAUUAAAAAUAAUGUAGAAACAAACAACAUAAAAUAUGCUCAUGGGGUAGUAUGGGGGAAAACAAAUUGUCAAAUAGUGUACUCACAUUUAUAUUUAAACAUUAUGUAUGUAUAUGUACACAUAAUAUAGUCACAGAGGGAAAAAAAAGACUAGAAACAUCAGUGUCAAAAUUUUAACACUGAUGUUACAUUCUUUUGGGUGAAAGGAUCAACUCUUUCAAAAUUUUUUUCUAUUUAGCUCUUUACAAAACUCCCAGUGGUGCAGUUAAGAAAUAGAUGGUUCUCCCUCAGAUUCUUUCAUCUUUAAGUCUCCUUAUCCUAUGCUAAGAAAAACGAAAGUAAUUUACUCAGCAAAUGAUUAUUGAGCCCCGACUAUGUACCAGAUAUUAUGCUAAAUCCUUGAAGUACAAAAAUGAAUAGAAUGAUUUUUCCCCCAUUUAACAAUUUUAUUAAGUAAUCCACACAAUGGAAAUUGUACUUUAUAUUUUAUAUUCCAGCAAAGCGUAUGACAGAUCUUUUUUUUUAAAAAGGCAGCCAACGAAGCAAACAUUAACCAAACAAUAAACAGAGGAAUUGCAGCAAAGUCACGUGGUGGAAUCUAAGGCAGCUAUAAAAACAAAAACUAUAGCUACGUGGAUGAAUUUUAGCAACAUAAACGUUCUCUGAAUAAAGCCAAGUCUCAGAAAACUUAGAUGUAAUAUGACACCAUAUCAAUAGGCUUAAACUAGUUGUGCUGUGCUAACAAACAAUCCCAAAAUCCCAGUGGUUUAUUACAAUAAAGAUUUGUUUCUGGCUCACUAUGUUUACUGACUGUGGUUCAGCUGUGAGUCAGCUACAGCUCUAUUUCACAAGUCUUCCUCAUCCUGAGAACUAUGCUGAAAGAACAAUGACAGACCAUACAAUGGCUCUUAAGGUUUCUGCUCAGGAGUGGCACAUGUCAUUUUCUCUCAUAUUCACUGACCAUAGCAAAUAACAAGCUCAAGCCUAACGUCAUUGGGAUAGGAAGCAUAACCCUGUCAUAUAGUUAGCUGGGUCUCUUGAGUCUAGAGUUCAGGAGAAACCUCAGGGCUGGUCACUUCAUUUCCGUGUCAUCAAUGUGUACACAGUAUCUCCACAGCAACAAGGAAACAUCAGUGGAAUCAGGCACGGGAUUGCCUUCUCAAGGUCCAUCUUCCCAAGAGAGAUCAGGAACCAGCCAAG